CAGUCUGUACCAUGAAAUUUAUUCUUGUUGCCGUGUUUGCCUGCGUGGCUGCUGCCGCUCCCCAGGGAUAUGAAGCCCCUGCACAGUCUCGGCGUGACUCCGAUGAAGUGCCCAUCCUGAGGGACGACCGCGUGAUCGAGAACGACGGAAGGUACAACUUCGACGUGGAAACAGGAGACGGCAUCGUGGUGUCAGAGUCUGGAGCUCCCAGCGCAGACGGAGGCAUCAACAGUGCUGGUUCAUACUCCUACACUGCUCCUGACGGCACUCCCGUCCACGUUGAGUUCGUGGCUGACGAGAAGGGCUUCCAGCCUCAGUCCGACCUCCUGCCCGUGGCUCCCGAGUUCCCCCACCCCAUCCCCGAUUUCGUCCUCGAUCAGAUUGCCUUCGCCGCUGAGGAGGAUGCCCGUAGAGCCAAGGAACCUUCCAACAGAUACAGAAUUUCAUGCUCCAAUGAUGCAAAACUUGACGAAGAGGAAAUAGAAGAUGAUUCAGAAAUCGAAGUCACCAGAGUGGACGACUGUCAAUGGUUUGGUAUUGAUGGCAUUUCUACGAAACCUGUCUCAAUGUCCUUUGUUUCUAAAGGUGACGACAUAGAAGAUGAAGGUGAAAAGAUGAAUAGAAAUGAGGCGACAAGUAUGAGAGUCAAGGAGAGCCACAGAGUGCCCACGUUCAUGGAACACCUGACUUGGCACUGGGCAUCCAGGCGUGACAUCUGCAGAUAUGAAGCAUCUGGAAGCAUGGCAGUUGAUCAAGGGGGGACUAGUGUUGCCAGUCACUUCGAGGAGCAUCAGUUCUUCACGGUCUCCAACAACAUGAAGUUUGUAGUCCUCGCUCUCCUGGCCGCCGUGGCCACCGCCGUCCCAGUUUAUGAUGGUUCACAGGCUCGCUUCGACUCCGGCGAGGUGGUGGCCAUCCUGAGGGACGACCGCGUGAUCGAGGACGACGGAAGGUACAACUUCGACAUGGAGGCUGGCAACGGCAUCGUCAUGUCUGAGUCUGGCUCUCCCGGUCUGGAGGGUGCCAUCGUCAGUGCCGGUUCCUACUCAUACACCGCUCCUGACGGCACCCCAGUUGUCGUCAAGUACGUGGCUGACGAGAACGGCUUCCAGCCCCAGUCCGACCUCCUGCCCGUGGCCCCCGAGUUCCCCCACCCGAUCCCUCAGUUCGUUCUCGACCAGAUCGCCUUCGCCGCUGAGGAGGACGCACGCAGGGCCAAGGAACCCUCCAGUAGAUAUGGAGCUCCUCAGUAAUUUAGUGGUCUUAACAAAGAACUAAUUUAUCUUACUGAAGAUUUUCAAGCCAAUGUAUUUAUUAAUUUAUUGCUCAUUUCAUACAAAUAAAACUAAAAAUAAG